AAAAAAAAAAAACUAAAAAAAAAUAGGUACAACAUAUUUUCGAGAUGCCUUCGGGACGUGAAUGUUGAUGACGACGAUGUGAGGCGUGUGCGUGUGAAUGCGUCGUUUGUGCGUCUGUCGUCGUGCUCCGCCGUCGGUCGAUAGAAUUAUAGUGUUAGUUAUUAUAAUGCUGAGUUAAUGACCGUAAUUACACAUUAGUAUUAAUAAUAAUAAUAAUAAUAAUAAUAACAAUAACUAUUGAACGAUAUGCGUACGUAGUUGGUACGAUGACAUUUUUUUAACAUCUACCGAUCAAUCCGAUAACCGAUUUUCGUAAGAGGUUCAAACCGUAUCGAUUUUUAUUUUUUUUCAUUUUGUUUGUCCGUCGCGUGGGCAUCUCGAUCACCGGAUAUCGCAGUGCACGGGAAACGGACCAGUUUUUGCGUGAGCGAGAGGAACGGACUCGCCGCCGCCGUGUCCAGUUUUGCCGCAGUCGCUGACCGAUCUUUUGCCGCCUACACUCGACGACGACCAACGAUCACGGCAGUCGUACGACGACACUGUCAUCGCCGUCCGAAUGGUGGCCAGCCACCGUCCAAAUGCAGUUGACGUCCAACUUAGCGGCCGCUGCCAACUAUGCGAUCCCGUGACGGGCGACGUAACAUUUUGAUUCAGGGUGUUAUGCGUUUGAGCAUAAAACAAUGGGGGCCAACAUGGGUAAGAGUUCAGCGUCUUUGCUGGAUGCACUACCUACACCACAAAGUCAUUUGCAUGUAGUCAUGUUGGGCCUAGACAGUGCUGGUAAAACUACAGCUCUCUACAGACUUAAAUUUAAUCAGUACCUAAAUACAGUUCCUACAAUUGGAUUUAAUUGUGAAAAAGUAAAAGGAACCGUAGGAAGGGCUCGAGGUCAAACAUUUCUUGUGUGGGAUGUUGGCGGACAAGAAAAACUUCGGCCAUUGUGGAAAAGUUAUACCAGGUGUACUGAUGGUAUACUAUUCGUUGUGGACAGUGUAGAUGUAGAACGGAUGGAAGAAGCAAAAAUGGAACUAGCUCGCACAGCGAGAGCUCCUGAAAACACAGGUGUACCAAUUUUAGUAUUAGCAAAUAAACAAGAUUUGCCAGCUGCACGAGAUUCAGCAGAAUUAGAAAGACUUUUGGGUCUAAAUGAACUUAAUCAUUUGUGGCAUAUUCAAGCAGCUUGUGCUAUUACCGGGGACGGUCUUCAAGAAGGUUUGGAUGCGCUUUAUGAUAUGAUAUUAAAACGCAGAAAAUUAGCUAAACAAGUGAAAAAGAAAACUCGAUAAAUUAGUUAAAUAUUGGUAUAGCUAAAAUUGUAUAUAAAAGUUCAACAAUCCCAUUGGGAUAAUGAAUACAUAAAUAUCCUUUUUGCACCACAAUAUGAAAUUUCCAUGACACAUUUUUUAACAAUAGACAGCUCGCAAUGAAUAUUUGUUUUGAUAUUACAAAUAUUAAGUGCUAUUAUUUAUACCGAGUACAUUUAUCUAAUUAUGUAAACUAUUUGUUAAAAUUUAAAUGACAUAAUGAGGAUACUUGAUAGAAAUUGUAUUUUAAAAGUACUCCAACUUGACACUUGUUAGUAAUAAUAAUCUAAUAUUGUGUUAUUUCAUUGAUUCUCUGUGAAACACGUAAUUAAUAUAUAACAUUUAUUUGUUUGCUUAAUUAUUGUGAUAACACAAUUUUAAAAUUAUGUAUUAUUUUUUAACAACAAUCCCACCGAUUAUAAAUAUGAUUUUUAUGUAAUACAAAUGGUAGCUAUUUUGUAGCCGUAUUUAAUAUGGCCACUAAUAUAUUGAAUGUUCGAUAUUUAUUAUUUGCACUUCAAUGUUAUUUGAUUCACUUUAAAGAGCAACUAGUUUGUUAUUAAAUGUAUUUUGUUGUCACUCCAUGGUGCUUUAUUAUUUUUGAAAUUAUAUUGUAUUAUUAUUUUUUAUAGUGCAAUAUUUCACUUGUUUAACAUUAUUGCUGCACUAAAAAAAUUUAUUCAAUGGAAGGUUCAACAGUUUAUGUUUUUGACUAUAUCAUUUUUCCAUUUGAAUGUUAAAUAUUUAUUACGAUUCAUAUAUACACACAUAUGUAUAUCAAAUAAAAAAAUAUGAAUCUGGAAUAGAGUUUUCAUUACUCUGGAAUUUAACUCGAUAAAUUGUUUAAUUUAAUAAUUCUGAUAAUUUGGUGAUGCCCACUUUCAAGUUGUGCAUACCUAUAUUUAUUUUAUUUAUAAUCAUUAGACUAGUUUUUUUUCUUUUAUCUAACACUAGCCAAAUUGUUAUCUGUUUUUUUUUUUUUUUAAUGGGUCUUCUACACCCUAUCUGGUUACCAUGAUAUAUCAUUAUCUUUAUUAUAUUUUGUACUUGUUUUUAUAUUUUCUCAUAUCCUCAGGUCAGGAAAAACUGUUCUAAUAUUUAUUAUACCCAACUUACCUGCAGUGGCGUGGCGAAGAGUAAUUUCAGAGGCAAUUGCCUCUGAGAUUUUUUAAGUUUUGGAGGGUUGGGUAAAAAAACCCUAUUUGAGUCUAUUGUAAAGGGGUGGAUGGGUCCUUGGGCUAUAUGUUACUUGCCUCUGGAAUAUUUCACUUCGCCACGCCACUGCUUACCUGUGUA